ACAUAGGAAGUAAAGCCCAAACCCGGGCCACCAAGCCCAUCCACCGAAAUGCUGCGCCACCGCCGCAACCUCGGCGGCGUCUCCUCGACGGCGGCGGCGUCCUCGCUCCGGCGCGCCUUCCGCUCGGCAGCCUCCCUCGAAGCCAUCCUCUCCCUCUCCCACCCAUCCAAGACCUCCUCUUCCUCCUCCUCCGGCGGCGGCGGCGACCAGGAAGCGGGCCCCGCCCACCUCGCGCUCUACAACUACCCCACCUUCGCCGGCGCCUACGCGGCACUCGCCGCCGACCUCUUCCAUCGCCGCCUCCGCCGCCGCCUCCUCGUCCUCCCCUUCUCCUCCGUCGAGCCCUUCAGAGCGGAGGACUUCAGGGCUGCAGGGUUCCAUUCUUGCUAUCUCUUGGAUUUCAUCGGGCCAGGCAAUUUCGCGUUGGAGCUCUCCCGGUUCAUCCCCAGUGUUGUGGCAUUUGAUCACCGGAAAAGUACACUAGCAAGGAUCCCCCAGUUGGGUCGGUGCCUGAGUAACCUUGAGCUUCGCAUCGACACGGGGAAGUGUAGUGCCCGAGCUGUUCUUGAUUAUUUCUCCGAGAAGCUUGCAGGGGCGAAAUCGGAGUCUGAGCUGCCUGAGAACCUGUUGUGCCAAGAAGACGGCGAGCGGGUAUUGAAUGUUCUCAAAUACGUGGAGGAUGCCGAUCUGCGAAGGUGGCAGCUGCCCAACACCAGGGAGUUUCAUAUGGCUCUCAGGGACGAGCGUGCAAAGCUAAACUGUGUCACGAAUCCUCAUGUUUUCGAACAGCUUCUGGAACUUGAUGUUAGCGAGCUGCUUGCUAGGGGGGAGUCAUUUGCUCAAAACCGUCUAGAGGCUGCAAGGAAGCUAAUAUGCAAUCCUUUCAAGAUGCAUCUCGGAAGAGGGUUAUAUGGCGAAUGUCUUGCAAUAAGAGCUGAUAGGAAUACAGAACUGAGCCAUGAAAUAGGUUUGGAGUUGAGCCAGAUGAGUGCUGCCGCCGGCUUACGACCAAUUGGAGCAGUUGUCUUUAUGCAGCGUGGUAUCCUGAAGAUCUGCUUGAGGACAAUGGACAACACAACUAAUACAGCAGAGAUUGCUAAGGCAUAUGGUGGAGGCGGAAAGCCCAGCUCAAGUUCUUUGGCGCUAAGGAUGGACGAGUUCAACGCUUGGACUAGAGACUAGAGACAACUCAUGAACUGAUCUGGAAGGCUUCCUGUUAUAUCGGGUAUGGCGCUCGGCUGGGCUGGACACAAGCUUACUGAGAUGCAAGGAAGAGGCGAAAAUGAGCUAAUGUUGCAGCGUUCCAAGAUGGGACUGAAUCACAAAAUGGAAUGCUGAUGAUCAGAUCUGUCUGGAGAACGAGCCAGGGCAAAAUGCUAAGCUUGAAGCUGCUUAGAAGGAGCAGAUGUGCUGUGUAACCACCUACAAUUCACCUCGUCAUCCAUGGUCACACAGGCAUGGAAAUUGCAUAGAUUUGCCACCUGAGUUACCUUUGUAUGAUUAUUGUACUUAGAUUACAUAUACUCCCAUCCAUUAAUAUGAGGUGUGUUUUGACUAUCUUAGUUUGAGCUUUGAUCAACAAUCAAUCCAAUAAUGUAAGAAUCAUUUGACUCAAAAUUGAUGCUUUGACUUUGUAUUCGUUA